AUGCUAAUGUUUGUUUUGGGAAUUCCAUGUCAAUGUUCUUUCAAAAAAGAUGAAGUUUUUUGUUCCAGUAGUUUAGAAGUUAUGAGAGUGCCUGAUUCUCUUCAAAAAAGGGUGAAAGCUUUUAAUGGCAAAAGAGAAGUUUUAACACGCAUAGAUAUGCGUCAUGAUACUGGAAGGUCGUGUUUCGAAUAUGAAGUAAAAUUUCAUUGA